AUGGGAAAAGAUCUGGACCUGGUGUAUUCGCGCGAGAUGUUUCAAAAUUUAACGAAAAUGCGCGAAAAUCACUGCUACACGGACGUUACUUUACGCGUCAAAGGAAAGAUAUUUCAUGCUCAUAAAGUGUUAUUAGCCACUUCAAGCCGCUUUUUUGAUGCAAUGUUUUCUGCCGAGUUAAAGGAAAGUACGCAGAAUGAGGUGGAACUUCAAGGCGAAGAUUUAACCGCAGAGGCCUUCGAAACAAUUUUAAAUUUCAUCUACUCCUCCGUUCUCCCGCUAACCGAAGAUAACGUACUAGACGUUUUAGAAGCAGCUGAUCAUUUGCAGAUACUUAGCGUGGUUAAGAAGUGUUCUUUAUUCAUCGGAAAUAACCUUAGUCGAGAUAAAUUCCACAUGGAAACUCAACUGAAAAUUCACAGAGUUGCUGAGCGUCAUAAUUUGACUGAACUCCGUGAAGAAAGUCUUCAAGCGCUCGCUCUAAAGUUUGGAGAAAUUUGCGAGGAAGAUGGAUUUAUGAAGAACAUCACUGUAGACGAGUUAGAGCUUCUUCUUCCGCGUAACGAUCUAAGUGUUCCCUCGGAAACUUUUCUUUUCACAACCGUGAUCACUUGGAUGAAGUACGAUAAAGAAAACCGAUUGCCACAUGCGCCAAGGCUGCUGAACAAAGUUCGUUUAGCACUUGUCGACAUAAUGGUUGUGCUAUCAGAACUUGAAUCGGAGGAGUUCAAAGACAUCCCUGAGUGUUUUUCGCUCAUGCAUAACAGCUUAUCACAGCAUGUCCGACCCUUUUUGUUUUCUUCAUUUGCUCAAGAGAAGGGAAUGCCACGCCUCUCAUCGAAGGUAAGUACUUUGGCCUUUGCAGUUCUGCUGCAUGCGUUCAUGGUUAGAGCAUGGGGUAAGAGGAAAUAGUAACAGCACAUUAUUGUCGGUACACCGAUUUUGGGUCACAUACUUAAUCUGUUAGAGUGGGUUGAUCAUAAGUCAGAGGCAUCAGGGGUUUUUCAUUAAAGGUUGGCCUACACCAGAGUUUCACUUGACUCUAACAACAUUCUACAGUUUAUAUAUGUUAUUCACGAGAUGGGAGGUCCGUAUUGGGAAAAACUGUGCCCGAGGUCUUGGUUACACUAGACAGAGGGCACAGUUUUUCCCAAUACCGACCGACCUUGGCUGGUGAAUAACGUUUUUAUUUUUUCUCAAACCUAACAAAUGAUUGCAAAAAGAACUGCCCGCUGUGGGCGGGCUGGAUGGGGAGAAUACUGCCUGCUCUCAGAACCAAUCAGAUUGCAGGAUUUGUAGAAUACCAAUCGCUCAUGAACUGAGGAAAAAAUAAUUUAAAUCAUUACAUGCUAUUAUUUUUUGAAUGACAGCUAGCAACAAAAGUAAAGGGUUUGUAUGCACCCAAGGAGCCCCCCUCAUAGCCUCAGCUAUACUGACACUGUUUUACCUGCUUUUGUGCACUAAUUUUGCUGCUUCUUUAAUAUCAGUUACUUAGUGCCUGAGAAGAAGUGCCAGAUGGGAAAUUUUUGGCUCCACCUCCCAGCUCAGUCAAUAAGCAUUGCUUUAGACAAUUGCAGCUCUUUCUAUUUCUUCCUUUCUUCUUUAAGCUUGCAUCUUGUAUGGUUGUGCAGCUCUUCCAGGCCCUGCUCAUGCCAUGGUGUAGGGUCCAUGUCUGAAAUUUUUUUUGUAUGCUUUCAAUAAAGGCACAUAUGGGGUGUGUGUGCUCUUGAAUAAAAAAAUAUGAAUCACUGUCACAUACAAUUUGUUUUAGAAAAUUUGGAGAUGUCUCAGGAUAGCCAGCUCAUACCUCAUAUGCUGCACAAAAUUUACAUAAAACAUCUAUCAUAACAAUAUUUUUUAACAGUUUAUUACAACCAUUGUUGAUUUUUUUUAAGGCCCUGGUUUCAUUGUCAUGCUUGUCUGAAGUCAAGUACUUUGAUAGUGUGUCUAAAUCAUGGAAGCCAUUUCCUGGUCUUGAACUACCAAGUCUUCAAAUCAAACCAGCAGCACUGUACACUGGAAAUUAUUUGUUCCUCUUUGAUGAGAAAGAUGUCCAUCAGCACCAGCUUGAUACACAUACUUGGAGAACAUUACCACCUAUGAAGAAUACACAUUGUGAUUUCCAAGUGUGCAUGCUGGAAGAUUUCCUCUAUGUCAUCAGUGGCAGUGAAGUUAAUCACACUGUAGUAUCAGAGAGAUUCAGCUUCUCAAAGAAAACAUGGCAGCGCCUUUCUUUCCAUAUAGAUCAAGGUCUGUAUGGCUGUGCUGUGGCUGUACACAAUGGCUAUAUUUACUCUAUUGGUGGUUCUUGGGCUGAAGGAGGGGCAGAUCGUGGGGUGUUCAGAUUUAAUCCUAUGAAGAAUGAAUGGACAAAGUUGGCAGGAACAGUUUACAGCCACACCCAGGCCUGUGCCUUUGAAGCUGGGGGAAGAUUGUAUGUUGCAGGUGGUAAAACAGACCCACCCAGCAAGCGUCAAAGGGGACUUGUUCCAUCCAGCUAUGUUGAGGUAUAUGAUGAAGAAAAUAACCUAUGGUGUUCUGUUCCACAGCCUCACAUACCACCUGGUAAUUUUGGAGCUGUGGAGAUUGAGGAUCACAUUUACUUUAUACUUGGAAACAUUGCCUUUGACAGUGGGAUCCGAAUUGGUGCUGAGGAGGUUUAUCAUGUCAACAUUGAAGAUUGGGAGCCAAUUUCUCAGAAUGAUACAGAUGCAGUGUUUGUUUACAUGCCUGUGAACAGAACUGAGACUGAUCAAAUGAAACAAGAAUUGACAGAAAAUCAUGAAGCUUCAGAUGAGCUGUUACUCGAGAACAGUUAA